UCACCUAACCAUCACGCCUCCAGAUAUCCAAAUAAGCACACAAAAAUUGAUUUGAAUAUAUAAAAUCCAUUUAACGCCACUCAUUGGUUCGUUUUCAAGAUUAAAUAACAGUAGAGUGUUUUUAUUAGUAUUCAUUUUGUUACAGUGGAAUUUACACCUAUUUAUUUUGUUAUUUUCAUUCCGCAUUAUUAGCUGCGCGCAACGCUUCUGGAACUGAAGAUUGGAUUUUUCUUUUCUGGGCCUGCGCUUCUUCUUGUUACAAGCUGAAAUUUGUGGACUUAUGAUGAAGUAGGGUGGCCUUUGAACUGAGGCAUUAAUAUCGAAGCUCGCUAUGACUGUAUGUUUCGGUCGAACAAUGAAUAUCACAAAGCAAUACCGCUGCAUACACUCUGCAACCUGUGUUUGUACCAAAGGGCACCUUAGUGAAGAAGUGAUCUUCUUAGUUUUCAACCAUUUGAAUUGGAACCCUAAGUUGAUUGUGGCCCUUUCUUGUACGUGCAAAUGGUUAGACGAUCUUGCCAAACGAGUCCUCUGGAAGGAGUUUUGCAAGACUCGGGCUCCUAAGAUGAUGCUCGAUCUGCACUCCAGCGGAAACCAUAUUGUGGAUGGGAACUGGAGUGCCCUCGGCAAGCUCCUCAUAUACUGCUCCGGAUGCAAGAAGGACGGGUUGUUCAACCGCGUUCACGUCCCCGGCCAUUUCGUGUACAGGACGCGUUUCUCAAGGACGUCGGGGAAGAGCUUUCUCCUACCACAAUGCAGGACAGAUAUCUUAUACGUCUCUGACCCCUGUGAGCAUCUUGACCAAGGAGACGAAGGGGACAUAGGGUUUUUCCGUGGGAUCUUCAAAUCCUUUGCGACGUCCAAGGUCAGGAAACUGUUGAUCAGCCGGUGCGCUCCACUGCAUCCAACGGAGGUCUGCCCGUACUGCAAGGCGAAGCUGUGGAACAUGCAGGAGGCCAACAUGAUACCCUCGAGCGCCAGCUGCAGGCUGGGCGCGUACGAGGAUUGUAUCGAGUAUUUCGUGUGUCUCAAUGGACAUGUGCUUGGCAUUUGCACCUUGUUGCCCCUAUCUGAUACAGAUGAAGCAGCUGAGGAGUGAUAUCUCUAAGUCAGAUUGAGGCACCUUCACUGCGAAAAUCGAGGCAACGCGACGCCAUGGGGUUGUUGAGUGAAGCUUGUUUUGUGUAAUCUGCUGCUGUUGAAUCGUUUUUUUGGGUAGCAGAAUCUUGGUUUCUGUAAAUAAUGUACAUUCUGUGUUUGGAUUUAUGACCUCAAACAUUUACUGUCUGAAUGAGAACUUAUGUACCUUCACACAUUAUUCA